AUGGAUUCAGUUGUCUCGAACCCAAUCGCAGUCAUUGGCUUCUCCCUCAAGUUCCCGGGAGAUGCCAAUUCCUCAGAAGCAUUCUGGCGCAUGUUAGAAGAGAAAAGAUGUGCAAUGACUGAAUGGCCGGUAGACCGAGUUAAUCUGGAAGCAUUUAUUCACCGUGAUUCAAAGGACUACGUUCUGGGAGCCCAUUUUAUGAAAGAAGACCCUGCCUUGUUCGAUGCUCCGUUCUUUGGAAUCUCUGGAACCGAGGCAGCUGCCAUGGAUCCGCAACACCGCAUCUUGCUAGAAACUGCGUAUCGAGCUCUUGAAUCUGCGGGAAUACCGAUAGAAAAGGCAAGCGGAACCAAGACAGGCGUCUACACUGGUUGUAUGACGGACGACUACAAGCGAAUAACGAGCCAUGAUCUUGAUCUUACUCCAAAGUACGCUGUUUUAGGUACGACAAUGUCUAUGCUAGCGAAUAGAUUGAGCUGGUUCCUCAACUUGCAUGGUCCAUCUGUGAGCUUGGACUCAGCAUGCUCAAGUAGCUUAAUGGCGCUGGACAUGGCUUGCCAAGGGUUGCGAAACAAAGAUUCGGAUAUGGCACUGGUAGCUGGGUCUGCCCUGAUUCUGGGGGCUGAAGCCAUUCUGUCCCUGACAAGGAUGAAUGUUUUGUCCCCUCAUGGGCGUUCAUAUAGCUUCGACUCCAGGGCGAAUGGAUACGGUCGUGGUGAGGGAUGUGGUGUAGUUGUUCUUAAGCGUCUAUCAGAUGCGAUAGCAGAUGGAGACUCUAUCAGAGCCGUUAUUCGUUCAACUGGCUCUAACCAAGACGGAUAUACACCCGGUGUGACACAACCGAGCAAGGAGUUGCAAGCUCGUUUGAUUCUAGAUACUUAUAGAAAGGCUGGUUUAAGUCUUUCAGAGACCAGAUUCUUUGAAGCGCAUGGAACCGGCACCGCGAUUGGUGAUCCUACAGAGGCCGAAGCAAUAGGAAGCGUAUUCAGAAUGAUUCGCUCGGCGGAUGAUCCCCUCUAUAUUGGUGCGGUAAAAUCUAAUAUUGGCCAUCUAGAAGGUGGCAGUGGGAUAGCCGGCAUCAUAAAAACCAUCAUGGUGCUUGAAAAAGGGAUCAUACCACCGAACGCGAACUUUGAGUGCUUAAACCCUGAGAUAGAUGCAGAGUUCUUGAACAUCAAAAUCCCUACCGAGAACACACCCUGGCCUACUAAAGGGCUGCGGAGAGCGUCAGUCUCUUCCUUCGGCUAUGGGGGCUCAAAUGCCCAUGCGGUGUUAGAAGAUGCUUUUCACUACUUGGAAAGCCACAACCUCACUGCAACGCACUUCUCUGUUACGGAUCCUCCAUCCGAUAGAAAACUAACAAAUCACUCUGAACAACACCCUGUUGAUGUACCUGGUAAUCACAAUACCAAGCGACCAGUAAGGCGGCUUUUGAAGCCUUUAUUGUUCGUUUGGUCAUCCAAAGACGAGGGAGGAGUCCAGCGGACGGUUGAUGCAUAUAACCAUUUUUUCCGGGGAAUCACAGAUAAAGAUAUCGACGAAGCAAGGUUUCUAGGCCAAUUAGCCACGAUUCUGGCGGUUAAGAGAAGUAAACUGUCAUGGAGAGUAUUUGCCCUGGCAGAUUCCUUGGGUACGUUGAAAACCUUGGAAAGCGUGACGUCGAAGCCCAUCCAAACGAGCAAACUCCUCGGCCUUGGGUAUAUAUUCACGGGUCAAGGAGCACAGUACUACCAUAUGGGCAUGGACCUUAUCCAAUAUCCUGUUUUUCGUCAGACCAUGGAGUUAUGUGAUGAGGCCCUUCAUUCUUUUGGCUGUGGGUGGUCAACCCUGGACCUACUAGCCCAUCCGGAUGUUUCUUAUGAUAUCAGUGAUCCUGAGAUCUCGCAGCCACUUACAACGGCAUUACAAAUAUCAUUAGUGGAAUUGUUAUCUUUUUUCGGUCUCAAGCCAUCAACUGUUGUUGGACAUUCCUCUGGCGAAAUUGCUGCUGCCUAUGCGGCAGGAGCACUCUCGUUGCCCUCAGCUUGCCAGGUGUCAUACUUCCGAGGUGUACAUGCGGGUAGCCUCAAAAAAAGAGGCACGGGUGCAAUGCUGGCAGUUAGCCUUUCUGAAAAUGAGGUUGAACCAUACCUAGAGCUCGCACGAUCUAAACAUGGGAACUUGAGUCUUUUUGUAUCGUGCAUAAAUAGUCCAUCCAAUAUAACCAUUUCUGGAGAUUCUGAAAUGGUUGGCUAUUUGAAGGCAACCCUGGACAAGGAGAAUAUCACCUCACGCCCGCUAAGGACAGGAAUAGCAUACCACACUCCUCAGAUGAGAGAGAUUUCAGCAGACUACGCGCUAUCCCUGCAAGGACUAACAAGGUCACCGCAAGUUACUCGUUCAGUGACCAUGAUAUCAUCUGUAUCGGGAAAAAUGAUUGAGAAUCUGGAGUCUCUUUCCACCCCCAACUACUGGGUCAAAAACCUUCUGAAUCCAGUAAGGUUCUGCAACGCAAUGAUCGAAGCUUUAUCUAGUACUACAAUUGAUCAGACAAGGAGAAAACAUGGGUCCUCUAAAGAACCUACAGUGUCUGACUGGCUGGAAGUUGGUCCUCAUUCAACCCUCCAGCGGCCUUUCCGUGAAAUCCUCCAAGCGACUCCCAAUAAAGGGGACGUCAGAUAUGCCUCAGUCCUUGAUAGACGGCUUCCUCCUUUCCAAUCUUUACUUUCGUUGGCUGGUCGUCUCUACUCCCAAGGCUUUGAAAUAUCCCUGAACAAGAUCAAUCAAAUACAGGAGGGAAUGCCAAUCUCCGAGAAAGCCCUGGUGAAUCUUCCCGAGUACCAAUUCAAUCACUCAAGGAGAUAUUGGCAUGAAUCAUCAACUGGCAGGAAUGUCCGCUUGAGGCCGCACAAGCGCCAUGAACUUCUUGGUACUCCUACACCGGAAUCAACUCCUUCGGAGGCAAUAUGGAGGAAAAUAUUUGAUUCAUCUGAGACACCGUGGAUCCUGGAUCACAGCGUAAACGGAAAGCCUAUAUAUCCUGCCAGCGGAAUGAUCGUUAUGGCCGUUGAGGGAGCCACACAACUGGUGAAUCAAACACGCAAUAUAUCCGGAUUUCUUGUUCAAGAUGCAGUCUUCAUGCAUCCAAUUUCCAUUAGCCAAAUUGCAACAACAGAGGCCAAUUUAUAUAUGCGAUCCUUGCAUCAGGUUGUUGAUAAAAGUUCCCAAUCUUAUGAGUUUCGUAUCUAUACAGAGCUCGGACAUCAAUGGCAAGAGACUUGCCGAGGGAUUAUCUCGGUACAAUCUGAGAAUCAAGUUGGUGAGACUGACCAGAAUAUCCUGAAUCUUCUUCGCGCCUCGGAGUCAGAGCAUUAUCAAAGCCAACUGGAAGAUGCAGUGCGCCAAUGCCGUGAGAAGGUCUCCUCCACUACGAUGUAUAAGGCUUUCGAGGCCAAUGGCCUGAACUACGGCCCCGCAUUUCAGGUUCUCGAUGAUAUAGCUUGGAAUGACAAUGGCUGUGCGGUAGGGACUAUUAAGGUGUUCCCAUGGACGAGGAAGCAAUCCCGAAAUGGCCAACAAAGACACGUUAUACAUCCAGCGACAGUUGAUGGUCUUGGUCAGCUUGGUUGGGCUGCACUUACAAAGGGAGGUCGAGUGGUACUCUCCAAUGGAUUGGUAUCUACACGUGUACGGCAAGCCUGGAUAUCUGCAAGCGGAGCUUCGUCCUUCCAAACCUCUAGGUUGAAAGCUUACACCCAAUCUGAGAUAGUAGGGCUCCGUGGGGCAAACAUAUCUGUGGUAGCGUUAGAUGAUGCUGGCCGACCGAAAUUGCGUAUUUCAAGCAUUGAAAUGACCUCGGUCUCUGGUAGUUGGGAAACCAGUACAGCUAGCCUGCAGCGCAAACAAUUGUGCUACUCGAUCGAGUGGAAGCCUGAUAUACAGCUUUUGUCCAAAGAGCAGCUCCAAAUUCAGUUCGGUCCCCAGCAAAGAGAUGAAGACCACUAUGAAUUUUGGGAUUAUCUUGAAAUCCUGCUUCUGUACUUUGCUCGCAAGGUGGUACAGAAAGCAGAUGCUUUGGGAACAUCUCAUCUAUCAUUCCACCUUCAAAAGUAUGUUUCCUGGUUAAAGUGGCAACUUGAUCGUUAUAAUUCUGGCCAUGUGCUGCCAAUUUUGGGCCAUCACCCUCUUCUCCAAGAUGACGACCCUGAACUUGUCCAAAGACUCUGCCAGAAAGUUAUGGAAAUGAGCCCAGAAGGGAAUCUAUUUGUUACAGUGGGAAAUAAGAUAGAGGGAAUCCUCGAGGGAACCGUUGAACCUUUAGAGCUAUUGUUUAGCGAUGGUUUGGCAGCAAAUCACUACUGCCUGGCAUGCAACAGAUUACUGGAGCGUGGCCAUUUUAGCAGCUAUCUUGAGGCUUUGGGGCAUCGGAGCCCGUCGAUGAGGAUCUUAGAGAUAGGUGCUGGGACGGGCUCAAUGACGAAUCAUAUUCUCCAAGCAUUGAGUUCGAACAGUACUGGAAAAGGCCACAUGUCAAAAUUUCUGCGGUAUGAUUACACUGAUAUCUCGGAAGCCUUCUUCGAAGAUGCAAGACAACGUUACGCUUCUUACGGACAGAAAUUUAACUUUCGUAUUCUUGACAUUGAGAAUGACCCGGGAAAACAGGGCUUCGAGCUUGGAAGCUACGAUCUUGUAGUGGCUGGAUGGGUUCUACAUGCGACUAAAAAUCUCAGUGUGUCUAUUCAUAAUGUUAGAAAGUUGCUUAAGCCUGGUGGGAAGCUUGUGCUGGUAGAGUUGACACAACCCGAGACCUUAAGGAAUGGCUUUAUUUUUGGCACUCUUCCUGGAUGGUGGCUAAGCACUGAAGAGUACCGGCAAUGGGGACCUUCGAUAUCGGAAGAGAAGUGGACUGAAAUACUCAAACUAAACCACUUCAACGAUCUCGACCUUGUGUAUGCAGAUAAUGAGACAGAAAGAUACCGGGAGCACAGCCUCAUGGUCGCUACAGCAGCAUGCACGACGACUGGACUUUCCAUGCAAGGCAAUACGAGAAGGCGUAUUGUUUUCGUCGUUGAUGCUAAUCGCCAGUUGCAAGCAAAUUUGGUUCAAUAUCUUACCCAUGCUCUAAGCUCGGAGCAGAUAGAAUGCGAAACUUUAUCAUUCAGAGAAAUAGCAGCGUUGUCAGUGGCCGAUAACCCCUUGGUUGUUUUCCUCCCUGAGAUUGAAACAUCUGUCCUUGCCGACUUGAGCAAUGAUCUCUUCCAGGCACUGCACACAUUUCUCUGUACGGUACAAGAUGUGGUAUGGGUUACAGCUUCUAGCAAAAGAACCCCAGCAUCGGCAAAGAUGCAUCUCAUUCGAGGAUUGGCCAAAGUGCUCUGCACAGAGAACGACCGGCUGUCCUUUGUCACAGCAAGCCUGGAACACCGCGGGGAUAACCUUGCACGUUGGGAGAAGCACAUCCACAGCAUAAUAUCGAGUCGCCUAUUAGAAGGUAGAGAGGCCACCGAAUUAGAUUAUCAGGAGCAGGAUGGAGUUUUGUGCAUUGGCCGAGUAGCCGAGGCUGAGGACAUGAACGACCUCUUGUUUGAGCAAACCCAGGCACCGUUGAAAAUGAGGCAAUUUCGACAGAAUAUCCCGCUAUCUGUCCGUAUCUCUAACCCAGGGUCUCUCGAUGCCAACUCGAUGAUAUUUGUCGAAGACUUGGAGUAUGGCAAAGGUCAUCUUUCACCUUAUGAGAUUGAAAUCGAGGUUAAGUCAGUUGGCGUGAACUUCCGGGAUGUGCUUAUCUUGCUCGGGAAAUUGCGCGACGGCGCCACAUUAGGACAUGACUGUGCGGGAAUUGUGACUCGUGUUGGCUCACAUUGUCAGUCUCUCAGGCCUGGAGACCCUGUUUGCGCCGCAAUUGGAGGUUGUCUUCGCACCUUUGCUCGAUGUGACUAUCGUCAAGCAUGCAAACUCCCCAACGACAUGACAUUCACUGUGGCUGCGAGCAUACCUACUCCCGGCGCAACGGCUUACCAUUGUUUAGUAAAGAUUGCUCACCUCCAAAAGGGCGAGUCAGUUCUCAUUCAUGCUGGAGCCGGUGGUACUGGGCAGAUGGCGAUUCAAAUAGCUCAAAACUUAGGCGCAGAAAUAUUUGUGACUGUUGGAUCACAGGAAAAGCGAAACCUUCUUUCAGAGAGAUAUAACAUCCCGCAAGAUCACAUCUUGUAUAGCAGAGACACUUCUUUUACCAGGCGCCUAAUGCAAUUGACCGGCGACAGAGGAGUGGACGUGGUGCUUAAUUCAUUAUCAGGAGAUAGUCUCAUUGCUUCAUGGGAAUGCAUCGCACCGUUUGGUCGAUUUGUCGAGAUCGGAAGAGCUGACGUGGACGCAAACUCAAGGCUCCCAAUGGGCAGAUUCGCAAAAAAUGUGUCCUUCUCUGUUGUGGCGAUGGAUCAUGUUUGCCAUGCAUGCCCGGCACUUCUCCAAGAGUCCUUAGAGCCCGUGCUGAGAAUGAUCGCAGAAAAAGCUCUACAGCCAGCCUGGCCACUACAAGUCUAUCCCGUUUCUGCCCUUGAGGAUGCUUUUCGGCUAGUGCAGAGCGGAAAGAGCAGUGGUAAGGUAGUCAUAAGCCUGGGCGAGGCGGAUAUCGUGCGUACCUCCUUGCGCCAUGAGCCAUCUUACUUGCUCUCUCCAGAUGCGACAUAUGUCAUUGCAGGAGGGCUCGGGGGUCUUGGCCGUAGUUCUGCUCGAUGGAUGGCGUCAAUGGGGGCAAAGCAUCUGAUUCUGCUGUCACGUUCAGGGCCAAAGACGGAUGCCUCCCGACAGUUGAUAGAGGAACUCGCCAAGCAUGGAGUCAAUGUAAGAACGCCACGCUGCGAUGUUGCCUGCAUGGACGCACUAUCUGCGGCGCUCCUUGAUUGCAGCGACUUGCCUCCGAUAAAGGGUUGCAUCCAAGCCACAAUGGUCUUACAGGACACUAUAUUCGAAAAACUAACUUAUGCUCAGUGGGAUGCUACUAUUCGCUCAAAAGUACACAGUACUUUGAACUUGCACUCCCUUCUUCCAACAGACCUGGAUUUCUUCAUUCUUCUCUCCUCUCUCGCUGGAGUUUUUGGUUCAGUCUCCCAAGCUAACUAUGCAGCUGGAAACGCAUUCCAAGACGCAUUUGCUGCAUAUAGACGGUCGCUCGGCCAGCGCGCCAUCUCCCUUGACCUGGGCCGAAUGGACGGUGUUGGCAUUAUCGCAGAAAACGAGAAAUACGCACAGAACCAGAACAAUGUGCCCGUAAUGGCGCACAUCCCUGAGGCCGAUUUCCAUGCAUUACUAGAGCAAUGUUGCCGCCCGGAGCAUAAGGACACCCCAGACCAAGUAGUACCGGAACCAAAGCCUGGCACAUUAGCUCAAACGCACCAAAUCCUCGUUGGCCUCACUACCCCCGCACAGUUUCGCGCACAGAACAUCGAUCCUCCCACAUGGCUCUUGGAGCGCGGGCUUUUCAAAACCCUCCAGCGGGAGUUGGUAGAGGACACGGAAGGGGAACACUUCCCGGACCCGAACACAGCUUCAAACAGCCCAAGUUACUGGCAAUCUGCGUUUGUGCGCGCAGGUCCCUCCUCGGCUUCGUCAGUUGUGGUAAAGGGACUGACCCAGAAGCUCUCACGUGCGCUUGACGUGUCAAUCGAAGAGAUUGAUCUGCAGCGGUCUCUGGCCAUGCAGGGCGUUGACUCAUUGUUGGCCGUAGAAUUGCGCCAUUGGAUAUCUCGCGCCUUUAAAGCGGACGUCUCCGCCCUGGAUAUUAGCAGUGCGCCCAGUUUGGAUGAGUUAGGUGCGUUGAUUGUGGAACGAAGUGAGCUCUUUCAGGGGCAGCGAGCGGAAAUGCAGUAA